GGACAAGUGAAGUCAUCUCUCCUCUUCUGCUCCUUUUAAGCUGGCAUUCUGGGGAGGGAGGUGCUAGUGAGGCAUAUACAAACACUCUGUCAGGCGUCCGAGCUCGUCCCCCUGCACUGCACCGCCGGCAGAUCACCUUUUCCUCCAACGCAGAAGUUGACGUGACCUGACAUCAAGAUGGCAACAAAGAGUGCUGGCAUGGCUAACAAAGGCCCAUCCUACGGCAUGAGCCGGCAGGUUCAAGAAAAGAUCGACAGCAAGUACGACCCGGAGCUGGAGCAGAUCCUGGUGGAGUGGAUCAGCCGCCAGUGUGGCUCCGGCGUGGGCCGGCCAGAAGCAGGCAAAAUGGGCUUCCAGGCCUGGUUGAAGGAUGGAUGUGUUCUAGGUGAGCUUAUCAACAGCUUGUUUGCUGGUGAGAAACCUGUGAAGAAGAUCCAGAGCUCGCCCAUGGCCUUCAAGCAGAUGGAGCAGAUCUCACAGUUCCUCAACGCGGCAGAGAAGUACGGCGUCACCAAGACGGACAUGUUCCAGACCGUGGACCUCUGGGAAGGAAAGGAUCUGGCCGCGGUGCAGAGGACCCUGUCGGCCCUCGGCAGCCUGGCCGUCACCAAGGAUGAAGGCACUUACAACGGAGACCCCAACUGGUUCUUCAAGAAGGCGCAAGAGAACAAGCGAGACUUCAGCGACGACCAGCUGAAGGCGGGCAAAAACGUCAUCGGCUUGCAGAUGGGGUCCAAUAAGGGUGCCAGUCAGGAGGGCAUGAGCUACGGGCGACCCCGACAGAUCAUGUAAAAGAAAAUGAAUCACUGCUUUUUGGCCAUUGCUGAUGCCUAAAAACGUCAAAGCUCUACCAUUCUUUUUGAAAGCUGUCAGCAACAAGCCAGCCUGUAAACUGAAUGUCUUAAUGGUGCAACAAAACCUAAAACACACGUCAUCUCCAGGAAUACCAAGAUGAAUGCAAAAAUGACACAUAAUCCAAAUACAUCUUUACUGACCAUCCCCAUAAUUGACAUUUGUGCAACACGAUCCAGAGAAAUACUUUUAAAUAAAAUGUUUACCUGCUUGUCCUUUCCAGAUUGACUCACGCCUCUUCAGCUGCAGUAGUGUUUUGUAGUUGAUCACUUCUGUCAGUGCCAAUGUUUUUGUACAUUUUCUUAAUAAUAAAUGACUUUGACAUAAA